AUGGAGUCUGUCUUUACUCUCCUGCAUGUAGUAAUGGCCAUAAUUAAUUUUUCCAGAGCAAAUGGGACUGCUUGUAGCCUACAAGGAGAGCCUGCAUACCCACAGAUAUGGAAGAAUGGUGAUAUAAUUGUUGGAGGGGCUUUCCCCUUCCAUAGUAGUUGGGAGAACAUUGACUUAUCCUAUGUGGUCCUACCACCUCCAAUCAAGUGCAAGAGCCUUGAUUUGCGAGCACUACAGCUUUCCCAGACAUUGAUCUUUGCAGUAGAGGAGAUAAACAACAGUUCUUCUUUACUGCCAGGUGUCUCUCUGGGAUACAAGAUCUAUGAUACAUGUAGUUUUGCAGCACAAGGGAUUAGAAUGGCCAUGGCACUUGUGAAUGGAAAUGAGAACUCAAUUUCAAAUGAUCCCUGUACAAAGCCAGCCCAGGUCCAAGCCAUAAUAGGUGAAACAUACUCAUCAGUGUCUAUGGCUAUAGCAAACAGUAUUGGGCCAUUCAGUGUUCCUAUAAUCAGUCACUAUGCCACCUGUGAAUGUCUCAGUGACAAAAAGAAAUAUCCAUCAUUUCUGCGAACUAUUCCCAGUGAUUAUUACCAGAGCAGAGCACUGGCAGAGAUGGUCAAGCACUUUGGCUGGACCUGGGUGGGAGCAAUAAGAAGAGAUGAUGACUAUGGUAACAAUGGAAUGAUUGCAUUCACUGAAAUCGCAGGGCAGUUGGGCAUCUGCUUGGAAUAUUCACUUCCAUAUUUUAGAACAUACUCAAAAGAAAGAGUGUUGAGAAUCAUUGACCAGAUCAAAAUCUCUACUUCUCGUGUGAUAGUUGGAUUUCUUGACACCUGGGAUUUGGAAGAUCUGUUGCAUGUAUUUUUUGAAUACAACAUCACUGGAUAUCAAUGGGUGGGAACAGAGGCCUGGAUCUUUGACCCAGCGCUAGCCAAUUUGGACAAGUACAAUAUAUUGCAAGGGGCUAUAGGACUAGCUAUCCCCAAAGCCAAGGUGACAGGUCUGCAGGAUUUCAUUCUUGAUGUAAAACCAUUGAAAUCUGUAGGCAGUGCCAUUUUUCCUGAAUUCUGGGAGGCACUUUUUGACUGUGGAUAUACAAUGCAGAAUGAUUCAGAGGGCUUGCCAGUGUGCACAGGAGAAGAGAAGCUGUCUGAAGUGGAAAACACAUUCACUGACAUGUCCCUGAUGCCCAUUUUUAGUAAUGUGUAUAAAGGAGUUUAUGCCAUUGCCCAUACUCUACACAACCUUCUUGGCUGCCAAACAACAUGCUCUACAAAGGAACAGCCUGAUCCUCUCACAUUUCUAGAACACCUCAAAAAGAUAUAUUUCAAAACCAAAGAAGGGGAAGAGGUUUAUUUUGAUAAAAAUGGUGACCCUCCAGCAAAAUAUGAGAUAAUAAACUGGCAAACAAAUAAAGAGAAUCAAUAUGAAUUUAUCACUGUAGGACUGUAUGACUCUACUUUACCUAAUCAUGAUCAAUUAGCAAUAAACAUGGCCUCUAUAGUAUGGGCACAAAAUACCAGUCAGGUACCUGUAUCUGUAUGCAGUGAGAACUGCCCUCCAGGUACAAGGAAGGCUGUACAGAAAGGAAAGCCUAUCUGUUGCUUUGACUGCAUACCAUGUGCUGAAGGAGAGAUCAGCAAUAUGACAGAUUCUAUUGAAUGUGAACAAUGCGCUCAAGAUUACUGGUCAAAUUCACAGAGAGAUGAAUGUGUAAAGAAGGAAAUUGAAUAUCUAUCCUAUGAAGAAACUAUGGGGAUUUUGUUAAUGGCUGUUUCUAUUAUUGGUGCAUUUCUAACAAUGGUAAUAUCAGUAAUAUUCUUUAGACAUAAACAUACCCCAGUAGUCAAAGCCAACAACUCUGAGCUGAGCUUCCUGCUGCUCCUUUCUCUGACUCUGUGUUUCCUUUGUUCACUUACUUUCAUUGGUCAGCCUUCUGAGUGGUCCUGUAUGUUGCGCCACACAGCGUUUGGGAUCACCUUCGUCCUCUGCAUCUCCUGUGUACUGGGAAAAACCAUAGUGGUGUUAAUGGCCUUCAGGGCUACACUUCCAGGUAGUAAUAUAAUGAAAUGGUUUGGGCCUCCACAGCAAAGACUCAGUGUCCUUGUCUUCACUCUAAUACAGGUCCUCAUUUGUGUGCUUUGGUUAACCAUAUCCCCUCCUUUCCCUUUCAAAAAUCUAAAGAGCUACAAAGAAAAAAUUAUUCUAGAAUGUAAUCUGGGUUCUACCAUAGGUUUCUGGGCUGUGCUAGGUUAUAUAGGUUUUUUGGCUUUUUUAUGUUUUAUUUUGGCUUUUCUGGCUCGUAAGUUGCCUGAUAACUUCAAUGAAGCCAAAUUCAUCACAUUCAGCAUGCUCAUCUUCUGUGCAGUAUGGAUCACUUUUAUUCCUGCUUAUGUCAGCUCUCCUGGAAAAUUCACUGUAGCUGUUGAGAUAUUUGCCAUUUUGGCCUCAAGCUUUGGCUUACUGUUUUGUAUAUUUAUUCCAAAGUGUUACAUAAUCAUACUGAAACCAGAAAAGAACACUAAAAAGCAACUUAUGGGGAAAGCACCAGUGAAGUGA